AUGGCAUACCAACAUAAAGGAAAAAAAGGGUCUAAUAGAAUGUUUCUAGGCGAAAUUCCUACAAUGAAAAUCAAAGAAAUAAUACACGAGGCACGAAACGUUUCUUUCCCAUGGGAAGCAAUUUCGAGUCCUGUGCGACCAUGGAUAGAGGCAAUGGCCCGUGCAAUAAAUACGCAGCCCGAAUUCGUGUUGUUGGAAGCAUUAACGGUGACCUCGUGUCUGAUGGGACCAGAUUGCGUUUUUGAAAUAAGGAAUCGGCACAAAGAACCAUGCAACAUUUUUACCCUGUGUCUUUGUGAACCUGGUACAGGGAAAACCCAUGCGUAUGAAGUUUCCGUGGAAGAUCCUCUCCAGGCGUUACCAAUUAAAGUGCUUGUACACAACUAUACUCAAAAAGGACUGUUUGAGCACUUAAACAGCAGAGGACGAGCUCUGAUAUGCCAUGGCGAAAUGUCAAGCUUCUACGAGAAUCUUCUGAAGCGCCAAACCGAGGGGAACGGCGAAAGGCAAAUGUUCUGUCGCUUUCAUGAUGGAAAUUCAAAGAUAAUUAGAACAAGCCAUGGCAAAGGGUCCAAAAAAGAAGGCGCGUUACAAGACGAACGAGAAGAGCUCGAAAAAUCCUGUUUGUCACUUGGUGGCUUUUGCCAACCCCAGCCCUAUCUGAACCUGCAUCAUAUGCUUGGUACUUCAGAUGACGGUUUCUUGGAUAGGAUUAGUACAUGUCUCGUAGAUUCUGUAAUCCUUAGGGAGAAGGAAGUGUUAUGGCGUGUGCAUUUAAGUAUAAAAUUUAUUAAAUGA